GGGCUCCAACAAAGCCGAACUAAAAGCAAGUGUCCCGCAGUCUUUGGCGGCAGAACUUUCCACGCUUCACCCUCACUGCGCAUGCCACACGGCAAACGGAAAGUUGGCAACAGGAUUUGCUGUUGGGCCCAGACCAAACCUUGCUUCCACACACACAAUCAGCCAUCUCCUGUCAGCUUGGUAUGGACUUGACACCUGCAGGUCUUUGCAGAAGCACACACCUUUGAUCCAUGAAUGGAAAAGCAGGGGCGAGGCGGCUGAUCUGUGCAGGCAAGCUAGGUUUGACUAAACUCCGGCUGUAAGAAGUUGAACUUUGAACGCAAGUGUUGCGGUAUGCCCGCUGUCAGUUUAUAACCUUGGAUCUCAAACCUCGGAUCUCGGGUCUUGGACCUGGGACCUCGGAUCUCGGACCCCCGGAUCUCAGACCUCGGACUGAGCUUAUUGCCAAGUAUUUUAAUAUGGAGUACGCUCAAUCACCACGAAACUUGGGUCAUCAGAAGGUCACCAUGACUUCAUGGGGGGAGUCCUCUCUAAGGAAUUUGUGUGUUUCCCCCGCUUCCUUAAUGCAAACAAAUGUAGGGGAGUUCGCGUCUCGAUCGGCGAGGUUCGGGUGGAAUGCCGGGAAGAGCCAGCCCACACGAGGUGCGAAGAACGACCAUGGUCACGACACGGGCACCACUGGUCACGACACUGGAGGGUGACCAGUGGGGAUUCGAAACAUGGUCACGGGCUUUCUUCUGGGUCAAAAUGGAGGCUUUGAACCGGGUGGUCGAUUCAUGUUGUUACUUGGGAUGAUUGAGCCCACUGACUCACAUGUUCGUGAGUUGCCACCCACGCAGGUGGUUCCAUCACCGAAGAGCUCCUCAGAGAGAGGAGCGGCUUGCAACGGCAAGACUCAACGAUGUCGGCGUUCUCAUUUACGAGCGACGAGUGGUCGAUGGCGCCCGAGGUGGUCAGCACCUUUCAGUCCGGCCAUGUGGAGGACAUCUCCAAUGAGAACGUGCUGAAUGAGAGGUGGCGGCGCCUGAGCUUCGUUCGCGUCUACAUGCGGAAGUUCUGCCUCUUCGGCGGGUGGGCGGUGAUCUUCGUGUGGGGUGUGGUGACGCUCUACCAGAUGCCCGCAAGAAAUAGAGCUGGGGUCAUCGCAGGGGAGCGCGCAGCUGUGUCUUCAAGUUCCCACAUGCUGGGUACGUCGUGGUCCCCAAAUAGAUAGCGGCACAAUACAUGUUGAAAGGAUUUGAAAAGGGAUGUUAAUGUAGUCCCUUGAUUUAUAAACCCCCCCCCUUGAAAUGUAG